AUGGCUAGAAGAAGACUUAAAAUAACAAAAUCAGAAUUGUCAAGAAUAAAAGAUCGUUUUAACGGCUUCUUAAAAGGAGAUAUACAAAUUCCAGCAGACGAAGCAUUUACUAAAGCUAUUGAAUCUUAUUUUGAAGUCUUUCUAAAAUCGGAAAGAGUUGCUAAAGUAGUCCAAGCUGGGGGAUUUGCCGCAAAUGAUUUUAGAGAAGUUUUUAGAUGUAAUGUUGAAAGAAGGAUUAGAUCUUUGCCUGAAAUUGAUGGAUUGAGUAAAGAUACAGUUUUGGCUUCUUGGAUGGCCAAAUUUGAUUUAAUAAUGAAAUGUGAUGAUGAUACUGUACAGACAAAACAAAAUAGAGGUAGAUUGAGAGGGGCAAAUCAAGUUAUUGCAGACGUUAUAAUGAGUAAAGAGCAACUUUAUGAUAUGUUUCAGCAAAUUUUAAAUAACGCCCUUCAAUUGGAUAAUCCUGAUGAACAGGCUGCGGCCAUUCGAAGGGAGGUAGCAACGAGAGAAGAAACUUUGAGGGAUAUUCCAAGGUUAAAACGGGUAAUGCCUAAAUUCGUCGUAAAAGAUAUGGAUACACUUUUUAUUGACGAAGUUCGCCAGUCUAUUAAUUUGCUCAUCUCAAAUCUAGAGUCUGUGCCUGUAGCACCAAGGCAAACUUUGGGGAGGAAAAAGGAAAAGAAUAAAAGUUCUAGGUAA